AUGACACCCACCCUACAACAAGAGGAAUUAGAAUGUUCAUUUAGAAAGCCAAUAUAUGAUAAGGAAAAGCGUACAAGCAGCAAUCACGGCAGAAAGGAUGAGAGUAACCUGUGUCAGAUUAAGAAACGGAAGAAUAAGCAUGGGUUUGCCUUAAAAAAAUCAAGAAGCGAACAUUUCUUUCCAGGAAUUACCGCCGCUGGGCCCUCGGUGAUGGGAAGAACAAUCACUGAUCACUGUUUGAUGGUCCGGGUCUGUUCGUGUGCUCUCGGUGGCAAACGAGGGCAUGGAGCUGUUAAACGGCGAUGGCCACCGCUGCUCGCUGGAAGGAUCGCGAGGCUGAGGACAAAUCGCCAGAACCUGCUGCUGGUCACGGGCUCGCGGCGGCGACAGAUCACUCGAUGCUGGCCCGACGAACAGAGUGCUAGUUGCUGCUGCUCGAUAUGGGCGGUCGCCGGCCGCUGCUGGUCGGAAAAGAAAUCGACGGGAUGGCUUGGAAUAGGGCGACGGGGCUCACCGUGGGGUUACUAUGAUGCUAACGGACGGCCGCUCUCGAGUUCGUUGGCGAGGUGA